AUGCCAAAGAAAGAAGAUUCCGAAAGUGAAUCUCUUCUGCUGAGUAAGGAUGGACAGACAACGGGAGUCUCUUACACAGAAGAAGGGUGCCUCCUGGGCCCUGGGAGUGAAGCAUCUGAGAACAUUCGAGAAAUGGAUUACGUAGAUACAGAUGUAUCAGUGUACGCACAAUUUCACGAAGAUGCUCUAGCGCAGGGCGGUUUCGGUCUCUUCCAGUGCUUUCUUUUCUGCGUCCUGGGAUUAGGUUUGGCAGCAGAUUCUAUUGAAGUGUUUGUUAUUGCAUAUGUGUUGCCAAGUGCAGAAAAAGAACUUUGUAUGGAUGAUUACAGAAAAGGAUGGCUUGCGGCGAUAUCUUUUUUCGGCAUGAUGAUUGGAGGUUUGGUGUGGGGAACUCUCGGCGAUAAGUUAGGUAGAAGGAGGACCCUUGUAUCAGCGCUUACCACAAAUGCGGUAUUUGCUGUAGCUACUGCGUUCAUGCCUACGUAUGGUCUAUUCAUGCUUACAAGGCUCUGCAGCGGAAUAGGGGUCGGAGGUUCAUUGCCAAUAGUUUUUACAUACUAUAGUGAAUUUCUAGUCAAGAGGUAUAGAGGUAGACAUCUCAGCUGGCUUCUUACUUUCUGGGGCAUUGGUGGUGUAUAUACAGCUCUCAUGGCAUGGCUUAUGAUCACAGAACCAGAAGCGAAUGGCUUAGGAACACGUUUAAGUAGCUGGAGAGUGUUUUUAGUCGUUUGUGCUGCGCCUGCACUUCUGACCGUAUUUGGUCUCUUUUUCCUGCCAGAAAGCCCUCGUUAUCUUUUAGAGGUUGGAAGGGACGUCGAAGCUGUGUAUGUCUAUCAAAAAGUACGACGCAUCAAUGGAAAAGAAAAUAGCGAUUUUCAAUUAAGUGAAAUGGAGUUGCCACCACGAAGAUCUCCAAAUGCUGGGCUGACAAAUCAUCGUAAUUGUUUCAAUGAUUUUUUGGAAGCAUUUGAAACGUUUUGGGGAUCUGUUCUACAAGUUCUUUGUCCACCGUUUACGAAGAUUACAAUGAUUCUCAUGAUUGUGUGGGUUACCACUGCUUUUGGAUUCUACGGUAUGUCCAUUUGGUUUCCAGAAUACAUACGCAAACUUGAAGAGGAAAAGUAUGACGCCAAUGCUACUGUGUAUUCCCACCAAUACAUUCAUCAUAAGAAUUUUACGGCUCUGUACGAGAACAUUCAUUUUGAAAGCAGCCGAUUUAAGUACGACCGCUUCGAAAACUUGAUACUAAAUCACGUCAUUUUCAUAGAUUGCACAUUUGAAGAUUCAACCUUUAACAAAGUUCUUUCGUCCAAAACCUUCUUUUUCAACUCAAAUUUUACAAGAGUGACAUUUGAUCACACAGAUUUCUACGAUUACCGAUUUGUGAACUGCAUAUUCAAGAACUCCAGUUUUGACCUCCACCAUGAUGGAUGUGGCGUGGAUGUGGACCUCAACUACAAUCUAACAGAUGUCUUCAUGGAGAACCUAAUCGCACAACUUGCCAUCAUUCCAGGGAACAUUGUUUCUUCCUUCAUUCUGGAUAGAUUUGGGAGAGUCAAAACUAUGGCGACAUCACUGUUUUUGACAAGCUUGAGCGCUUUCUUCAUUUGGUUUCUUGACACCAGAACAACUGUCAUUGCUUUUGAAGCUCUGUUCAAUUUCAUCUCAAUAUCUGGAUGGAAUGCUGUUGAUGUUAUCACUACAGAAUCUUAUCCAGUUACAUUAAGGGCAACAGGGUAUGGUUUGCUAAGUGCAAUCAGCCGAGUGGCAGCUAUUUUGGGCAAUUUUACUUUUGCUUAUUACAUCAACAUCAGCAAAGCUCUGCCUAUUUUGACAACAGCAGCGGUUCUUCUUGUAGGAGCCAUAUGCUCCCUAAAGUUAGAUGAAACAAAGGAUGCACUAAUGUGA